UCUUUCCCGCCCUCUUCAACAACUAAAUCAAACAAAAAUACAAAAGUCCGUUACUACUAUUUACACUAAACCAUUCCAACGUUAAAAGAAACAAAACAAAAGAGUGAGAGAGCGUUAACGUUAUAUGGAGCAAACAAGCUUUCAGCUCACCACCAAAGCUCUUUUCAAAAACACCAACAAUCCCAAACUAGCAUGGCAACUCUUCAAGCGAGUUCUCUCUUCACCUACUCAUCACUCUCACCUUCUUCGAUCAAUACCCAUCGUCGCUCGCAUCCUUAUCCACGCAAAAAUGCACAGCGAAAUCGACACUCUUCACCAACUCCUCCUUGUCUCGCAGCCCAUCGAAACCUCUCACCCUUGUCUCAUUUCCCUGGUGAGAGUCUUAGCCCAAUCGGGUCUCGUCGAUAAGGCCGUUUCCCAAUUCAAAUCGAUUAGAACCCGGGUCCCAGAAAAGCCUCCUUCGGUUUUUUUGUACAAUUUGCUUCUUGAGUCUGCUUUAAAGGAAAAGCGUGUAGAUUUUGUGAAUUGGUUGUAUAGGGAUAUGAUUGUUGCUGGAAUUAGCCCGGAAACUUAUACUUUUAAUGUUUUGAUGAGUGCAUUAUGUGAUUCGGGUCGUUUGGAAGAGGCCCGAGAGGUGUUUGAUAGAAUGUCUGAAAAGGGUUGUCAGCCAAAUGUGUUCAGUGUUGGUAUUUUGGUGCGUGGGUAUUGUAGAGCUGGGCUUGCUAAUGAAGGUUUGGAGUUCUUAAAUGAGAUGAGGGGUUGUAAUAUAUUUCCCAACAGGGUUGUGUACAAUACAUUGAUAUCUAGUUUUUGUAAAGAAGGUAGGACUGAUGAGGCUGAGAAAUUGGUAGAGAAAAUGAGAGAGGAUGGUUUGUCUCCGGAUGUUGUUACAUUCAAUUCUAGGAUAUCAGCUCUUUGUAGUGCAGGGAAAAUCCUAGAAGCUUCUAGGAUUUUUAGAGAUAUGCAAAUUGAUGAAGAACAAUUGGGGUUGCCUCAACCUAAUAUUGUAACAUAUAAUUUAAUGUUGGAGGGGUUUUGCAAGGAUGGGAUGCUGGAGGAUGCAAAGACCCUGUUUGAGUCUAUGCAAAAAGUUGGUGAUUUUAUAAAUUUGGAGAGUUAUAAUAUAUGGUUGCUGGGUUUGGUCAGGAAUGGGAAGCUCUUAGAGGCACGGUUGGUUCUAAAAGAGAUGGUGGACAAUGGCAUUAAACCCAGUGUAUACUCAUAUAACAUCUUGAUGGAUGGGCUAUGUAAAAAUGGGAUGCUUUCUGAUGCAAGAAUGGUAAUGGGACUAAUGAAAAGUAGUGGUAUUCCCCCAGAUACAGUAACUUAUAGUACUUUACUUCAUGGGUACUGCAGUAAGGGGAGGAUCUCUGAAGCCAAUAAUAUUCUGCAUGAAAUGAUGACUAGUAGUUGUUUACCAAAUACUCAUACUUGCAACAUCUUGCUGCACAGCUUAUGGAAAGAGGGGAGAACAUCAGAAGCAGAGGAAUUACUGCAAAGGAUGAAUGAGAGAAGUUAUGGUUUAGACACCGUGACAUGCAAUAUUGUGAUUGAUGGUCUGUGUAAUAAUGGGAAUUUGGACAAAGCAAUUGAAAUCGUGAAUGGGAUGUGGACUCAUGGAAGUGCGGCUCUUGGUAAUCUAGGGAACUCAUAUAUUGCCCUAGUUGAUGAGAGUAGUGAUGGGAAGAAAUGCACGCCUGAUUUAGUCACAUACUCAACAAUAAUUAAUGGGUUAUGCAAGGCUGGGAGGCUUGUCGAAGCCAAAAAGAAGUUCACUGAGAUGGUGAGGAAAAACUUGCUUCCUGAUUCUGUGAUUUAUGAUACUUUUAUACAUACUUUCUGUAAACAAGGAAAACUAUCAUCUGCAUUUCGAGUUUUGAAAGACAUGGAGAUAAGAGGUUGCAACAAGAGCCUUCAAACCUAUAACUCGUUGAUCCUGGGUUUAGGGAGUAAAAAUCAAAUAUUUGAAAUAUACGGGCUGAUGGAUGAGAUGAGAGAAAGAGGUGUUUCUCCUAAUGUUUGCACUUAUAAUAAUGUAAUCAAUUGUCUUUGUGAAGGAGGGAGAGUCAAAGAUGCUACUGCUCUUUUGGAUGAAAUGUUGCAGAAGGGCAUAUCCCCUAAUAUAUCUUCCUUCAGAAUAGUAAUUAAAGCUUUCUGCAAGGCUUGUGAUUUUGGACUAGCAAAGGAAAUAUUUGAGAUUGCUCUAAGUGUAUGCGGCCACAAGGAAGCUUUAUAUAGUUUCAUGUUCAAUGAGUUACUUGCUGGGAAUGAAGUCUCUGAGGCUAAAGAGCUAUUCCAAGCUGCAUUGGAUAGGAAUUUUGAUCUAGGGAACUUCCUGUAUAAAGAUCUUAUUGACAGACUCUGUAAGGAUAAAAAGUUAGAGGAUGCUAGUGGAAUUCUUCAUAAGAUGAUCAAUAUAGGAUAUGGAUUUGAUCCUGCAUCAUUCAUGCCAGUUAUUGAUGGCCUGGGUAAGCGGGGAAACAAGCAUGAGGCUGAUGAACUUGCGGAGAGGAUGAUGGAAAUGGCUUCAGAAGGUAGGGUGGAAAACAAGGUUUAUCAAGAUCAAAAGGAGAUAUUUAAGGGAAAACCAAAUAAGAAUGGCAAAAGUGACUGGCAGAACAUACUUCACAGAGAUGAUGGCAGUGGAAUUGCAUUGAAAGCUCUUAAGCGGGUACAGAGAGGCUUGGGUCAGGGUAGCAUAUCAAGUUUGCAGCCCCAUAAAAAUGAAUUUCUUGAUUACUGGGAUGGUGGCGGUUAACUUUAUCAAUUCUUUGGGGUGAAUGCUCAAGAUUUGUAAUAGAUUAUAGGAAUAGAAGAAUGCCAAAAUUGAAGCAGUUUGAUGAAUCAAGUGCCUCUUUUAGGUACUUCAGGAUUUUCACUUCCUGAUGUGCAUGGUUUGGCCUUGAACAGUUGUGCUCUUCUCAUUGAGGCACUUCCUUUGUUUGAUGAAUAUACAUUAGGUUAGCACAAAAUAAGCAUAUGGGACUAGCAGUUCAAAUGUGGUAUACUGUUCAUUAUGUCAAGCAAGCUGGAUUUCGAUACUAUUUGAAAAAAAAAAGAAAAAGAAAAAGAAAAAAAAAAGACCUUAAUGGCAGAAAGGCCAAUGCAUAUUAUUCAAUCAAGGAAAUAAGUAUGCGUACUUUUCUUCUGGUGGUGUAUAAUGUGCUUAGUCCACUAUAGUCUGUACAUAAUGAGUAACAGCAAGGAGAUCAAUAACAAGUUUCAUGUUUAUCUGAUUAUUUUAAUAUGUAUCAUCUAGUGCAGCUGACUGAUUAAUAGGAGAAAGGGAAUGUUUGUUGCCUUAAAGAACUUUAAUAUAAGGGUUACUGUUUGAGAGUUGCAAACUA